CUACAAAGUCCAAAGAAGAAGUAUUUCUCUGAUUCGGUAAUAAAAAUCCCACAACCGAAAAAGAAAAACAAAAUUGUAAACAAAUCUCUAUUUUGUAAUAAUUCAUUUCGUCUCAAUUGUUUAGCACAAACAAAAAUAAAUUACACAUGAAAAAUGACAUCGCUCUUUACCAAAAUACUGCGACAAGCAUUUAAAACCUUUGACAAAUCAAACACUGCCUCGUUAAGUACUAAUCUUAAAAUUCUUUAUCAGCUCACAGAACAAUUAACUUAUCGCGAUAUCAACAUAAAUCCCGAAGUAUUUAUCCAAGCCAAUAGUGCUGACAAGGCCCCAUGUACUUAUAUUCAUGUCUUCGAAAGUGCCGAAGUCUCAAUGAGUGUCUUCAUUUUAAAGGCCAACUACACAAUGCCACUUCAUGAUCAUCCAAUGAUGAAUGGCAUCUUGAAAGGCAUUUAUGGUAAUUUAUUGAUUAAAAGUUAUUCGGCAAAGAAAAACAAUUCAGACAGUGGGAAGAGAAGUAACCUUUUGUAUGACAAACUUGCCACAGAAAUCGAAGUCACUGAAGAUGAACCCAGACAAGUUAACCCAGAGUCUGAAUGUGCUAUACUAACGCCGAGCGAAAGAAAUUUCCAUGAAAUCACUGCUGUCGGUGGUGUAGCAGCAUUCUUUGAUAUCUUAAGUCCUCCCUAUGGUGCAGAUAUUCCAAUUUAUGGCCGAAGAAAAUGUCAUUUCUAUCAUCGUGUUAGCAUAGACGACCAUCGAUUGGUUCUGUUGAGAAUGAUUCCAGAACCAUUGGAUUAUUAUUGUGAUACAGCCGAGGCUCCGGAAGCUGUUGCUCUUAGCCAAAAUACAUAUUUAGAAAUGUAUGGUCAUACUGGUAAUUGUAGCAGUAGUCCUUUAUAAAUUGAAUUCAAUUCUAGUUUAAAAGCUAUUUAAUGUAUAUGUUUUUGAUGUGUUAUAUAUAAAAUGAGAAAAAAAAAGAUGAAAAAUUGAUAAAUAAUAAGAUUAGAUGAGAGUAUUUUUUAAAAAAUAAUUUAAAAAUAUUUAUUUUAACAAAAGCGAAGAAACCUUAGAGAAGAAGAUUCCUAUAAUUGUAGCAAUAAACUCGUAUUAAGUUUGAAUAAAGUUAUUUUCGUCUGUAAA